AUGAAAGAACUUAGACAAUUCAAGCACUUUCUUGGAUUAGAGGUUGAUCGCACACAAGAAAGGAUAAUUUUGUGUCAGCAAAAGUAUGCAAAAGACUUGUUGCAGAAGUUUGGGAUGCUUGAAUGUAAGCCAAUCUCAACACCGGUGGAACUUAAUGCCAAAAUGUGUGCACAUGAAGGCAAAGACUUGGAAGAUGCAACAAUGUAUCGACAAUUGGUAGGUAGUCUGAUUUACUUGACUUUGACUCGACCUGACAUUUCUUAUGCAGUUGGUGUGAUGAGUCGGUACAUGCAAAAUCCAAAUAAGCCUUAUCUAGAAGCAGUUCGACGAAUAUUGAGAUAUGUAAAAAGUACAAUUGACUAUGGUCUUUUGUACAAGAAAUGUGAAGACGGUAAGUUGGUUGGCUAUUGUGACGCAAAUUUUGCAAGAGAUCAUGACACCAGGAGAUCAACCACUGGGUAUGGUUUCAAAAUUGGUUCUGGAGUAGUUUCGUGGUGUAGCAAGAGACAACCAACAAUGUCUCUGUUAACUACAGAAGUAGAGUAUAGAGCAACAGCAAUGACAACACAAGAGAAUGCAUGGUUGGUACAGUUGAUGAGUGAUCUACAUCAACCAGUAAAUUAUGCAGUACCAUUGUACUGUGAUAACCAAUCAGCAAUUCACUUGGCGGAAAAUCUAGUCUUUCAUGCGAGAACUAAGCAUGUGGAGGUACAUUACCAUUUCAUUAGAAAGAAGGUCUUGCAAGAAGAGAUUGAGAUGAGACCGAUCAAUACAGAUGAUCAAAUUGCAGACUUGUUCACAAAAGGUUUGAGUACCGGCAAGUUCAAAAAGUUUCGUCAUCAACUCAACAUGGAGGAAAGAAUAAGCUGGUGUUGA